UCUCUCCUCUGUCACUUGUAGUGACUUGUAGGUUUAGUUGAAGUAGCAUUUGAAAGCAAGCCUUUGCUCGCUUUUCUCUCCUGCAAAAGAAUGUCUUUGACUUUACGCUGCACAGUUCGUGCAGUUCAUCUCUGAAACAAAGCGACAGACACCAUGAGCUCCAUUCAGUGCAGUGACAGGACACACAACACUUUUGGCUAUAAUUUGAGGCUCAGAGAUCUUUGAUUUGUUUGCAUUGAGUUGUAUGGAUGUGUGUGAGGAGGAACCGCUCAUGCAAACACAGGAGAACUGAGAAACUAACUUGGAAUUUGGUUACAUGAUGGCUUCCCAGAGGUCUUUGCAGUGUCUUUGAGGUGGUUUUGCAGUUAAAGUCAUGUAUCUCAUUAUGGAAGCAGUCCUGACUGAAAGUGAAGAGAUGUCGAUGAUGAGGAUUCUCUGACAGACGGAUGGCACAGAGUUUUAUCCUGAAAUCAUUAUUGGAUUCUGACAGAUUGUUGUGUUGGACUGAAGAAUUGAACGCACCGCUAUGUGGCUGUUGACUAUUUUGUACGUGUUGUGUCUAUGGAGUCCGGGUGGUUUUGGAUCAAUACCAAACUGCGUGCCCAGAAAAACAGUAGCCCUUAAGAAUAACGGAGGACGUUUGUUUCGUGAGGACAGUUUUUGGAAUUACACCACAAUGCUGUUGAGGAAAGAUCUCAACGUGCUCAUCCUGGGUGCCAGAGAGGCGAUUUUUGCCCUCGAUCUGGAUGAUAUUUCAGUCAAGAAAGCCAUGGUGAAGUGGUCAGUCACAGAUAAAGAACAAGUAGAUUGUGUCAUUAAGGGGAAACAGAGGAACGACUGCAAAAACUAUAUAAGAAUUCUUCAUACAAAGGACGAUGGCACAAUGUAUGUUUGUGGAACCAAAGCAUUUAACCCAACCUGUAACUACAUGUCUUGGGAUGAUGGUAAGCUGGUUUUAGAGAACAAACAAGAAGAUGGGAAGGGAAAAUGUCCAUUUGAUCCAUCUCAGCGAUACACAUCCGCAAUGGUCGAUGGAGUGCUGUACUCUGCAACCUCAAUGAACUUUCGUGGCUCAGAGUCGGUCAUGAUGCGCAGUUCAGAGGAAGGCAUACGGACAGAGCCUACAAACAGCUGGCUCAAUGAACCAAAUUUCAUCCACAUGGCUCACAUACCGGAGGGUGAGAGGAACCCAGAAGGCGAUGAUGACAAGAUUUAUCUCUUUUUCACUGAAACGGCAGUGGAAUAUGACUCCUACAGCAAAGUGCACGUCUCUCGAAUAGCCCGCGUGUGCAAGGGAGACUUGGGUGGGCUGAGGACACUGCAGAAAAAGUGGACAUCGUUCCUAAAAGCGAGGCUCGACUGUCCCAUUCCAAACACCAACUUGCUUCUUCUUGUCCAGGAUGUGUUUCAUUUUUGCCCUGGCGACUGGACCACUUGCGUUUUUUACGCAGUCUUUACCCCAGAGUCAGACUCCUCACAAUACUCUGCAGUGUGCGCGUAUGGAAUCAAAGACGUCAGGGCGGUGUUUUCGGAAAGCAAAUUUAAGACCCCUGUUGAAGUUGAGAUGUCAUCUGUGAAAUGGGUGAUGUACUCGGGUGAACUCCCCAACCCUCGACCCGGAGCAUGCAUCGACGAUCAUGCCAGAAAUAAAGGCAUCACCAAGUCUCUGCAAUUGCCAGACAAAACACUGCAGUUUAUUAAAGACAAGCAUCUGAUGGACCAGGCAGUCAAACCUAUUGGAGAUCGCCCCCUGCUGGUGAGAAGAGGCACAGCGCUUACUAGAAUUGUGGUGGCCACUGCAACUGACCUGAAUGGAGACACCCAUAAAGUCAUGCUCAUCGGCACAAAAAGCGGAUCUGUGCUAAAAGCUGUGAAUUAUAAUGGUGAGAUGAUUAUCAUUGAAGAAAUUCAGCUGUUUGACCUCUCACAGCCCAUCAAGAUCUUACGACUUUCAGACACCACGUUGUAUGCGGGUUCAGAAGUGGGCGUGGUGCAGGUGUCAGUCAACGAAUGUGGCCGGUACCUCAACUGUCUGGACUGCGUUCUGGCCAGAGAUCCAUACUGUGGCUGGGACCUCGAUACAGGCCGCUGUUCUACCAUAAACAGCACACAUAGUACCAGAAACAGUUCUGUGAUUCAAAGUUUAAAGGAGGGCAACGCCAAUGGAUGUUCACCAUCAGGUAAUAGUACGCCAGUCAGCAUCUCGUUUUUCCCCGGCAAUACCGUGAAGCUGUCGUGCCAGCCGUACUCCAACCUGGCACAGGUGGAGUGGCAGGUGGACGGACAGCCGAUAACAGCAUCGAGCACCAUUGAGAUCCUCUCAGACGGUCUGAUGAUCCUCAACGCCUCAGCAGAGCACAACGGCCACUACACCUGCGAUUCAGUCGAAACCGUAUCCCGGUGGAAAUACAGAACCGAGCAUGCAGCGUAUGACCUGAAACUGUGGUUGGGAAGCGGGACUACAGCUUCACUUCAUGAUGUUGGAGAAAACUAUAACACCCUAGUGGCAAUGGUGGUGUUGUUGUCGCUAUUGUUGGCGGUGUUAGUCAUUUGGAACUUGUACAAAGGUCAUUUACCAUUGCUGUGCUUUCGCAGAAGUUUAGAUGGGAACAAGCAUGAAGACCAGCUCGACUGUAACCGGGCUGAGGACCAUAAACCAUCAACUUCAAUGAGGAACAUGAACAGCAAUAAUAACCAUGCUAUCGACCAGCGAUGUUCUGUCGCUAAAGAAACAGAUAGACUGUCAACCACAGUCGGUUCCUCGGUUCGGCUCUCAUUGAAAUACAUAGACGAUGAAUCUGAGAUCUGAAGUGAUCGGAUUUUUGGACUCGCUUAAGCAGAUCAAGCCCAAUGGGGCUGGUUCAUCUUCGCAGCUAUAAAAACUAAAUGUCUGCUCAGAAAAACUGUAUCUUUGAUCAGUAAACUUUCAUAUCUCAUGUUAAUUUCAUACAGACAGGAUAUUUGGUCCAACUGUGAGUUUCAAAGCACCACACACACACACACACGUUAAAACUCGCUGUGGGUGUUACCCCAACACAAGUAUGUUACCUUUAAAGGCAAAAUACGACCCGAACAAGAAUGAACUUCCUAUAUUUCAAAAGAUGUGCAUCAAAUGACUUUAGCUUAUGUUAUGAAUGUGAACACAGUCAGGGUAAACGGCAUAUUUACUGGUGUAUAGCUCUGUCCUUGUAUUUAUAGGUUAUUAGCAUUAGCAUUUAACUUAGUAAAGCCAAUAAAAGUAUUUUUUGUAAGAAGUAUAUUUUUAUUCAGCAAAAAUAAAUAUGACAUCUACCCUGACUAAUAAGGUC